AUGCCGUUGUUACCUGAGGAAGGAUUUAGCGGGGGAAGUCGUGAUGUGGACAGGAGUACGUGGGAGGGAAGGGAAAGCGGCGGGGGAGUAUAUACCAACCACCAGGGAGGCACUGCGGUAGGGGGUGACGAAGGGCUGGUUUAUGCCCUUGUGGAGCUAAAUGAUUCCGUCCGCCCCGCCCCGCCCCGCCCCUCCCUAUCCCGCCCCGUCUCGCCGCUACUGCCGCAUCAAUAUACUCUGGAAACAAGAUAUGACAAGGUAAUGGAGGUGGCGGCAGCCGAGCAGUACUGGCGGAACCUGGCAAGCUGCAAGGAGAAGGAACCUCGGAGUGACGAAAUGAAGUGUGAAGGUGUGUCGGUUUUUAGACUCAAACUAUUUCCUCCAAGACGCAUUCGAGGCGAGGCUGUGCAGUAUCUGAAAGGUGCAGGAACUCACAGGACUUUGCAGUACCCGUCAAGAUGCCACUCAGCGCGCGCCCUGCCCUCCCAGCAGCCCUCAGCGCAUCGUCAGGUUUCCCUUCACUUCGGUCAUCUCCUCCCAGGAGCAGUGGCGCGGCGUCAUCAUCACAGGCAACUAUCACCCCUGAUGGGACGCUGCCCUGGAGGAACACGCUGCCGUCUGCACUGCCGCGGCCUGCUGCCCCUCACUCAGCCAACACACGUCUGCUAUAGGGUGAGUGUUCGAGAAUUGUUUAAGAUUUCCCCUGAAGAAGAGUCAUUAAUCGAAGACUGUGAGCGGCCCUACAGAUCCAGCUUAGCACGCGAUGUCUCCACGUCUUGUUGCGAUCGAGGGCACGUCACGUAAAUCAG